AUGAGCGGUACCCAGGGCUAUAUAUACCCCCAGGUGUUUCUAGUGGACCGCAGUGGAGGUCCACAGCCGUCGGUCCAACCUCCAGGCCUGGUACCUUGCUGGUCCUUCCCUCCUGCCCAGGAGAGGGUAAGGGAGCAGGGCAGGGCCAGGGGCUGCAGGGGGGUUGGCUCCUGGAGCCUGGUUGUGGCUUUGCUGUUUCUACUGCUGCUGGUGUUUGGGGCUCUGGGGCUGGGAGCCUACCAGAUACACAGGCUACAGACUCAACUGGAUGGGAUACAACAGGUUAACAUUGAGAGCCAAGGUUGUGCACCUGAGAAGCUAGUGGGUGACCUUCCAGAGUCUGAUCCAGACACAGGGAAGAAGGCCAGCAGACCUGCAGCACACGUCAUAGGCCGUAUCGAGAAGGAUGUUUCCCAGAAUACCUUGCGUUGGGAGCCCAAGGCAGGGCGGGCCUUCACAGAGGGAGGCGUGGUCUAUCGGGAUGGUGGUCUGCAGGUCAACGAGACUGGGCUCUACCACAUCUACUCCCGGGUGCAGUUUGAGGCCAAUCACUGCACCCCUACAGAUGCCUUGGUUCACUCUGUGUUUGUGAGGAGGCCCUGGAGCUCAAAGCCUCUCACCUUGAUAGAGUCGCACAGGGAGGGCUACUGCAGCUCAGGCUCUAAUGGGCGUGUCUGGACCUCUGGGAGUUACCUGGGCUCCACAUUGCAGCUGGAGAAGCAGGACUGGGUCUAUGUGAACGUCUCCCACCCAGCCAUGCUCAGCCACACUCAUCAUGCCAACUUCUUUGGACUCCACAAGAUCUAGCAAAAAGGAUGAAAUCUGGAGUUGGUUUCAACUGAUAUUUCACUCAGAAAACCUAAACACUAAAAUGCUGGAGAAAAAAGUUGUAUUUAUUAUGAUAAAGAUCUGACACUGAUUCCAGCUGCAGGUCUGAAUGUAUGUUCAUUAGAACACAAAAAUUUGCAUGUUUGGGAUUUUAUAUACGUCAACAGGGAUCCAAUUUUUUAUAUUCUAAUAAAGGUAUUAAACCUUUUUUUUUUUUAAGUUCAGACAGAUCUUUGUCAGAUGUGAUUGUAUAACAGGAGGAUGAUUCGUGUUCUUUUAUUGUGUUUUUGGUUUGUGUUUUUUGCUAUGUCCCUUACAUUUUGUUCUCUCAAUCUGUCACUCCAUCGCUUCAUUAACAUUUUUUUUUAAUGUAACCUUUAUUUAACUAGGCAAGUCAGUUAAGAACAAAUUCUUAUUACAAUGACAGCCUAAAUAUUUCA